AAGAUUUUGGCUCAUUUUAUCAGAGACACGGCUUUUGCGCCAUGAGAGCCCUGGCACUCCUGCGCUCGCCGAUCAUAUGUGCGCAGAGAGGGCCGCUUCCAGCCAACAUUCUGAGGAGCACUGUGUGCCAGGCUUCACGUCGAGCCUUUGCAGCUGGUGAUUCAGAGUCAGACCGUCGCUACGAAGAGACUGGGGAGUAUGAUACUCAGGAGAAAUACAAGAGAGUUGGAAAUCCGAUUGCUUGGGCCAACCCUACUGGUGGCGGCACAGUGGAGGACAACUCCAGCAAGCACUGGACCUGGGUUUUUCCUGCGGGCGGCACCUUCAUUCUUGCCCUAUGUUUGCUAAGCCGCUGGCGCAGCCAACGCAAGGAGAGGGAAGAGCAGGUGAUCGAGGCGCCGCGCAUCAGCAUGCCCGACACCCAGCGUUUCUCCUAUAAAGCACCCUCCAGUGAGCCACUCACGGAGGAUGAUUUGAAGGGCCCUGAGAUCGAACAUGGGGACUCCUUGUCACCAUCGUAUGGUGGCAGCUUCUCACCGCCGCCACCCAGCAGAUGAGUUGAGACGGCCAGCCCUGAAAGUGUCUCACCAGCUUACACGGCUCAGAACAAUGAUGGGCCAAAACAGUAGAAGGAGAUGUGUAACAGAAGCUGGAGCAGAGCAG